AUGCGUCACUUGCCCCUGGUAUGGUUGGGUUUCGCCUUGGCCGGAGGCGCCCGCCUCGGCCCCGGCAAGCAGGAGAAAAGCCAAAGCUUCGGCUACCGCAUGCAGCAGCAGCUGGAGGGUAUUCCAGCAAAACUGAAUCAACAGGCAGCUGCCACAGUGACUGAGAUGGAUUUCAUGCAGGAAGGCAUGGAGCAGCUGCAGAGGGCUUUAAACAACGGAGAUGACGUCAUGUCCCUUUCGACGCAGCUGGCGCAGAAGGCCGCGUCUGUCAGCGGAUCCUUGGAUGAGCUGGUGAAUGGCUUGCAGGAGCUGGACGCCUCUUUGGCAGAGGUGGUUCAAGAGGACAGUUCUCUCGAGUUUCAGCCUACGCUCUUCGAAAUCAAGUCUACGAUGGUGCCGGGGAUGAGGUCGAGCUUCACCUUUUUCCAGAUGGGUCUGAGGCAGAUGCGUUUCCUUUUCGAGCAAUUGGAAGAUGGCGCCAGCGACGACGUGGUGAAACGAGCCAAAGACACACUGCAUUAUGAAGUGGACAACCUUCAGCAAAUGAAAGCUGAGCUCGUACAAAAGAUUCAAAAGCUCCUGCGGAGCCUGAAGCAGCUGCAUGAAGAGCUUCGGACACACUUUGGACAUGUCGCACCCCAGGCACCCAGCCUGGCCACUGAGUGGGCAGCUGUCGAAGGCAUGGAGAUCUCCGAGGCCCUGGCCGCGGUCCACGAGAAGCAGCCAAGCGACGCUGUGGGCUCCAAGCUAACGACGCUCUUGGAGUUCCUUCGUGGCCAGAAUUUCGACAAGGCCUCCACAGAGGCCGAGUGGAAGUCCCGGAAGCCGCUCCACUUGGCAGCUGCAAAGGGCCGUCCACAGGAAGCUGAGCUCCUGCUGGAGGUCAGAGCAGAUGUGGACGCCCAGGUUCCAAACACCGGCGAUACUCCGCUUCUCUAUGCCGCAGUCCAACUCUCCCGCCACCAGGAUGAUGAGGAGACCCAGGACUUCCAAAGCGUUGUGGCAUUGCUCUUGGCACAUGGAGCAGACAAGGCGAAGGCCAAUAAGAAGCACAAGGCCCCGCAGGAUUAUCUGAACUGA